UUUUUUUUUUUUUUUAAGCUUCCCCCCCGCCCCCCUUGCUGGAAGGAGGGGGGUCCCGCUCGCACCUCCCUGGAUGGUGCGGUAGAAAGGAGGGGAGUGAGGGGCGGGCGGGGGGGCUCGUGGUGGGAGGCUGCCGCGGCGGCUGCUGCUGCAUUGGUGUCUCCCCUAUGGACGAAAACAGCCCUCUGUCUCCCAAGGCAAAUGCUUUCAGUAUCGCCUCUCUGAUUUCAGUCGCCGCCGCCGCCGAGCACGCAGGGAAGGGAGCGCUGGAGGAGCGCAGCGGCGGCCGCAGCGGUGCCGUCCGCCCCGCCGCCCGGCAGCAGAAGAUGCACUUCAGCACCGUCACCAGGGACAUGGAAGCUUUCACGGCCAACAGCCUGAGCAGCCUGAACGCCUCCGGGGGGUACCACCUCUCCCCCUCCCCGGGGGACCCGUACGGACAACAUGAACAGCCGCACUACGAGCCCUGCACGGCUCAGCAGCACCCGCACCCGCCGCCCCAGCCGCAGCACGGUUACCCCUUCGGCGGGGCUGCGGCUGCCGGGGCCAACCCGCCGCCUCCGGGCCCCGAACCGCCCGACGGCGCCGGGGGAUCCGCCGCGGGACCCGCCGCCGUCUCGGGCUGCUCCGCGGGGACGGCGGCCGCGGCCAAAGCGCCGGUGAAGAAGAACCCGAAGGUGGCCAACGUGAGCGUGCAGCUGGAAAUGAAGGCGCUGUGGGACGAGUUCAACCAGCUGGGCACCGAGAUGAUCGUCACCAAGGCCGGCAGGAGGAUGUUCCCCACCUUCCAGGUGAAGCUGUCAGGGCUGGACCCGUUGGCUGACUACGUCCUGCUGAUGGACUUCGUCCCCGUAGAUGACAAGCGCUACAGGUACGCGUUCCACAGCUCCUCCUGGCUGGUGGCUGGCAAGGCCGACCCCGCCACGCCCGGCAGGGUGCACUACCACCCGGACUCCCCGGCCAAAGGGGCGCAGUGGAUGCGGCAGAUCGUCUCCUUCGAUAAGCUCAAACUGACCAACAACCUGCUGGAUGAUAACGGCCAUAUCAUUUUGAACUCCAUGCACAGAUACCAGCCGCGCUUUCACGUGGUCUACGUGGACCCCCGGAAAGACAGCGAGAAAUACGCGGAGGAGAACUUCAAAACCUUCGUGUUCGAGGAGACGCGCUUCACGGCCGUGACCGCCUACCAGAACCACCGGAUCACGCAGCUGAAGAUCGCCAGUAACCCCUUCGCCAAAGGAUUCCGGGACUGUGACCCCGAGGACUGGCCCAGGAAUCACCGUCCCGGGGCUCUCCCUCUCAUGAGCGCUUUCGCCAGAUCCCGGAACCCCGUGGCAUCCCCCGCGCACCAGAACGGGACGGAGAAAGAUGCCGCUGACGGUCGCCGUGAUUUCGAUCGCGACGCUCCGGUCGGUUCGGCGCUGCAGUCGGAGGCUGCCGCCCACCAGCAGCUCAUGUCCCGCGUGCUCAGCCCGGCGCUGCCCGGCGGUGCCGGCGGCCUCGUGCCGCUGAGCGGGGCCCGGCCCAGCCCCCCCCACCACGAACUGCGGCUGGAUCCCGCCGCCUCGGAGCCGCUGCAGCACCACCCCUACAAGUACCCGCCGGCCGCAGCCUACGACCAUUACCUGGGGGCCAAGAGCCGCCCCGCCCCGUACCCGCUGCCCGGCAUCCGCGGGCACGGCUACCACCACCACCACCACCACCACCACGUGAACGCGCCCCACAACGUGUACUCGGCGCCCGCCCCUCCCGCCAACUACGACUACGGGCCGCGGUAACGCGGGAGCGCGCCCCGGGGCCGCGGACGGACCGAACCGGCACCGGCACCGCCCGACCCGACUUUUCCCUCUCCCGCUCGGCGAGCGACCCGAUUGGUCGGCUCCAUCCGAUCGACGUGCGGACCGGCCAAUCCCGCGCCGUCGGGCCGUGAGGGAGGCGGGCCGCGAGCUGCCCCGCAGCUGCACUUUGAUAACGAGGCCACGUGCCGUUAUCAGUUAUCGCCCGGCACGGCGGACACACGGGGAGCGGGACGGAGAGAGACGGAGCGAGCGGCGGGGAGAGGUGCCGGAUUAACGGGGUGUGCAGCGAUAGAGGAGGAAGAUAGAGGAGGGGGCCAUGGGGGUGGAGGGGUCCGUGUCCGUGCGGCCCCUGUGCGGGUCCCUGCGCGGGUCCCUGCUCUGUGCGGGUCGGCUCAGCGGCUGCCGGGGGUGGGCGGGGAAGAAGGGCUGAGGGCAGCGGGGAGGCCGGGGGUUGCGGGGGGUUGCGUUGAGCUGGGCUGUGCUGGGCUGUGGAGGCCGUUGGUCUCGCGGUCCGUCCGUGCCGCGCUGCCGCCACGUGCUGCCGUCGCUCCCCGGGGCCGUUCGGGCCCAGCUGCGUUCUGCAGAGCUCGGGCCGUGCGCUUACAGCCGCAGUGUGAGCUGUGCAAUGUGCUCCCGCAGUGUGAGCUGUGCACUGCGCUCCCGCAGUGUGAGCUGUGCUCCCCCAUCCCUCCCUGCGCUCCCGGUUCUGUGCCCACCAACACCCCCCCCCCCCUCCCAUCUCUCGGGGGCACUUCCCCGGGCUGCCCCUCUCCCACCCGGCUGCCCCUCGCUGCACUAGUCCCACAGCAGCCACGUGCAGCUCCUGCUGCCCCUCUUACAGCUGGUAAGUACUUCUGUUUUUUUGUCCUUAAACUUGUCCUGUGCUCUUUCCUCAAUGGCCGAGGAGCUGAGCCCGUCUGUCGCACUCACCCAGCGGUGUGUGUUGAGUGGCCGGUCUGUGUUCUUAGAAGGUCGCCGACUCUCGGUCCUUUUGUGUGCAGAGAAGGUGCUGAGCAGCUCGGCCCUGUUGGCAUACAGUAUUAUAAACACUAUCAGUGUGUUCCUGAUUCCACUACGAGAAGAAGAGCGGUGGUUAUUAUUGUUUCUCUUUUUUUUUUGGAGUCCUCUGUUGCUGUUUGUGCAUUUUCCCUUCAAACCACACCUGUGUCUGGUGUCUUCUAGAGCACAACCCUGGUGUUGUGCAGGUGACAGUGUUAGCAGCAAUGCGUGCUCUGUCUCUGGCAGCUGCAAUGGGCUCACAGUGACCUGGCUGGGUGUGAGGAGGGCUGCAGGCUGAUGGGACACGCUGUGUAUUAUUUUUCUGUUAUAAAAAUGUAUCUGGAUCCAUGAAAAAGAGCUGUGCGAGAAAUGUGCCUUUUUGACAUUUGCAGUGAAUUGUGGGACUCAUUGUGUUUGACGAAGCAUAACUAAUGUCCUCAGAAAGGCUGAUGUAAAAUAGCAUCGUGCUUGGCUCUCUGAUGUGCUGUUGCUUUGCUGCUGUUACUUCACAGUUCUCAGUUAUGAGUUGUUAUCUGUAAACGGAAUAGUGCCAAAGCGUUGGUCAGACCUUUAAUGAAGUUGUUAUAUUUAUUAUUCCUUUCAAAGAUUAUGCAAACGUUUCUUUUUCUUGAUAGCUGCAACAUAAGGGAAAAGCGAAGAUAACCAAAGAAUCGUAUCUGCAAACAGUGUAGAUAAUUGUAGAUAUUUGUAGAUAUAUGUAGAUAAUCGUGUCACGUUUAAAUUGAAAAGACAUUGGACAUUGACAUUUAUAAAUGUUUUUCCUCUUCUUUCCCUUC